GACAAAGGAAACAAAUUCAUCAUGCCACCAAAACGUAGGCGCAGAUUUCAAGGUUUAUAUUAUCAUUCAUCACCACCAAAGGUUUUACCCAUGAAUGGUCAAAUAGCUAAUACUAAUGGCCGCCGAAGGCGUGAUCCAGAUGAUCUUUCAGUCAAAUUAUCCACCAUACGAAUAUGGAUGCAUGAAAAGGAUAUUGGCAAAUUGACACGGGUACUAUGGACAGGACAGGGUAAUCGUUUGAGACAGCAGGCCAGCACAAAUCCCAAAGUGAAAAGAUUUCUAACGGCUGUGCCACAUGUGAUGAAUUCUAUUAAAGAUGUCCAUCAGGCGGUUAUCGACAACAGUUUAGAAACUCUGCAGGCUAAUUUGGAACCGCCCGUACCACCGGCUUUGGUGACAUGUCGUGAUGCGAAUGGCUUAAAUCUCAUACACAAGGCGGCCGGUCUGGGUCAUGCUACAAUUUUGGAAUAUUUAAUAACCACCUGGCCCGAUGGCGUUCACGAGACAGAUAUAACGGGUAAAACCCCUUUGCAUUGGGCUGCCAGUGCCAAAAAUAAUAUGCGCUGUUAUACAUUGCUCACGCAAGCUGGUUGUGAUGAAGAGGCCGUCGACUAUAAAAUGAAAACACCUUCGUUUUAUCGUCAUAAACCUCAUGAAAUUGAACGUGCUUUUUUAACGUAUGUACCGGAAGCGCCGCGUGUGUCACCGGAUGUUGCCACCGAUUGGGAAGCUCUAAGCGAUGAUAGUGGUGACGGCAAGAAACUAGAUAUUAAAAUACCCGAAAUGAAUGGUUUUGGUAGACAUUCAAAUGCGGAAAGCAAUGAGAAUACAUCGGAAGCCGAAAUGACAGAAGCUGCUAGUGGCCAUGAAGAUGAAGAAAUGUCUAAAGAUGGAGAAGAAAAUGAACAUGCUGAGCCAGCUGUUGAAAAUGAUCAAGAUCAUGAAGAAGCCGCUGACGAAGAAGAGGAAAGCAAAGAUGAACCUGAAGAUACAGAAGAACAGUCCCAUAAAGAAAAUGAAGAUGAGAAAGCGGAUGAUGAAGAAGAGCCAAUUGAUGCUAAGGAGGAGAACGAAGAUCAAGAGAAAGAAACGGAGGAUGAACAAGAAGAAGACAACAAUAAAGACGAAGAACCACAAGAUGAAAAACAACAAACUGAAACUCUUAACGAAACUACUGCAAAUUUAACAAAGGACUCAGAAGAUGCCGUUGAACUUGAGAGCAAAACUGAGAAGGAAAACAAUGAGAGCCAUGAAAGUAAUGGUCAUAAAGACGAGAACGAAAAUGAUAAGGAUAACAGCCCUAUAGACGAUCUUAAAACGGAGAGUGAAAUGGCGAAGAUCGACGAAGAGAGCACAGAGAGCGUAGAGAAAAUUGAGCACGAAACUGCUAUUCCAGAUGACAAACCACCUGAGAAAGACAUUGAACAAAAUAAUAAAGAUACAGCUGAUGAGAAGAAAAAUGAAACAGACAAUGAUGAAAGUAGUAAAGAAGUUUUAGACGACGAGACUAAAGAGCAAGAAAUUGGUGAGAAGAUUAAAGACAGUUUAGAUGAGAAAAUAAGUGAGCCUGACAAUGAUGUAAAGAGUAAAGAAAGUGUUGAUGAGAAUAUAAAUGGCAAGGAUAAUAAUGAAAAGAGUAAAGAAUCUUUAGAAGAGUUGACAAAAAUCGAUGACGAGAAGAAGGUAAAUGACGAAGAAAAAACUGACGAUAAAAUCAAACCAGAUAGUGAAGUACAAACUGGCCAAGAAAUUAAUAAGGCUAGUGAAGAAAACGUUGGAGAAGUAAAUGCCAAUGAAGAAGUUAAAGAAAAUGGUGAAGACAAAGAAGAUUCUAAAACAAUAGGAGAAGCUUUAGUAGGCAUCAAGGACGAAGUGAAAGAUAAUGUCAAAUAUUUGGCCACUCAAAUUAAAAAUGUGUUUAGUGGCAACGAUGAAGCUAAAGAAGUAGAAAUUAAUAACGAAAAUGAUGAUUUGAAGACAGCGGAAAGUAAGGAAUCAAAUGAUAAUAAAGAAACACAAAAUCAAAACGACAAUGAAAAGCUUAAAAAAGACGAUACGCCAUUAGAAGACCAUAGUACAGAAAGUAAGGAAUUGAAUGAUAAUGAAACCGAAAAGCUCAAAAAAGACGAUACGCCAAUGGAAGACCUCAGUACGGAAAGUAAGGAAUUAAAUGAUAAUAAGGAAACCGAAAAGCUCAAAAAAGACGAUACGCCAAUAGAAGACCACAGUACAGAAAGUAAGGAAUUAAAUGAUCACAAGGAAACCGAAAUUCAAAAAGAUGAUGAAAAUAUCAAAAAAGAUAAUACAAAAGUAGAAGAACAAACUACCGGUAAUGAUCAAGAACAAAAAGAAAAUGAACAGAAACAGAACGAUAACACUAUAGAAGACAAGGUAAAGGAGACCGAAAGUAAAGAAAAGAUAGAAAGUACUGAUAAACAGGAGAAUCAAUCAGCAGAUGAGAAAAUCAAUGAAACAACUAAAAAGAGCACUGAAAAUGCUCCAGAACCACCAUCUACUAGUUCCGAUGUUCCAAAAACAUCUAACGAAGAAGAUUCCAAUAAAUCAACAGAAAAUGCUCCACCACAAGCACAAACAGACACUGGUGUCCCAACAAUAGAUACUGCAAAUGCCAAUAGUUCAAAUGAAAACACUAAACCAAAAACUCCACCCGCAGCAACAACCAAAACUUCACCAAAAGAAUCUCCCAAGAAAGAAAAUGAUAAGACUGAUGAAGAUGAAAAUAAUAAUACUAACAAACUGACCACAGUAGUAGCAACUACCAGUUCAACAACUAAUGAGACAGACGAUUUAAAUAAACCAAACACAGCAGAGCAAACGAUCGAUGACCAGUUCAAAGACCUAAACAAAUCCCUAGAAGAAUUCAAAAAAGAUGGUGAAAAUUCUAUCGAAAAUAAAGAAAAAGAUAUUGGCGAUAAGCUGGAAGAAAUGGCAGACAAUCUGAAAGAGAAUGUUAAAGAAAUAGCAGAUAAGGUAAUGAAUGUGUUUUCAACCACAAGCACCACAAAAGACGAUCACGAACAAUUGGAAAAUGAAUCGAACGAAAUAGUCGUCCAUACUGAAACUCCCCAAAAACCAACAUCCAGCAAAAAGGUAGUAAAAGAUGGCGAGAGUAGUGAUGAGACAGCCGAUGAAGAUGAGGUACAAUUUGGCACACUCGAACCACAAGUUGAAGCAGAAAAAGAAGAAAAUAGCGAUGAAAAUGGAGCAGAAGCUAAUAAUGAAGAGAAAAAAGACACAGAAAGUCAAGAUGAAACUGAAGCAGAACCUGAACCAGAACCCGAACCUGAACCAGAACCCGAACCUGAACCCGAACCUGAACCCGAACCCGAGGCACAUAUGGAUGAAGUAGAUAACAAGGAUGAUGGCCAUAGCAAUGAAGAAAAUCUUGACAAUGAGGAACGAGAUGGUGAAGGUUCUCCCACCUCUUCGCUGGCCAUAGAGGGUUUCGUGCAAGGCGACGCCGAAGAUAAUACAGUUCAGUCACAAACAGCUGCUUAUGUUCAUGACGAUGAAGAAACACAUAUUGAAAGUAUCAUUGCAUCUGGUGACAUGGAACAGUUGGCUCAAAUUGUUUUGAAUGGUGAUGGCCAGAAGCUGUUGAAUGUGGAGGCAACGGAACCGGAAAUACAAGCAUUUUUAAAAAAUGUGCCCAAUUAUAUGAAUAAAAUAAGACGUGUCCAUGAAGCUGCUCGUAAUGGUAGCCUAUUGAAUCUACAACAAGCUUUAGAUCGUAGAAAGUUUGCCGUUGCCAAAGAUGAAAUAUCACCAAAUGGUGCAACACCUUUACAUGUAGCCGUUUUAUUUGGUAAUAGUGACAUUGUACGCUAUUUGUCUGCUCGCUUUCCCGAAACUACGACAAUAGCCGAUAAUGAUGGACGUACCGCUUUACAUUAUGCCGCCGUUAUAAAUGACAAUGGCCAUUUUUAUAAUGUGCUACUGCAAUUGGGUGCCAAUCCUAAAUUAGUCGAUAAGAUGGGUCACACACCCGAAGACUAUUUGGGUAAGGAAGAACUCAAGGACACCUUAAGUUAUGGUCAGCUUUUGAAACGUUUUGGUGCUGAAGAGUUGGAGCAACAACUUUUAAGUGACCAAGGUCAAAUUGAAAAUCCGAGUUCUCAAGAAAAUCCCAUUUUUAAAACCGAACAGGGCAAAUAUUUAGCGGAUAACCUAGCUGAUCCAUUAAUAAAAGCUUUAACACAAGUUGCACACAAACGUCCAAAUGACCCUUUGGAAUAUUUAACAAAUUACCUACAAACUUAUGUCUCAACACGCAAUACGAACGGUCGUACCAUAACACAGGCAGCUAUACAUUCGGGCAGCAGUCAAACAAAUUCCACAGUUUUAGCCUCCUCCAAAACCUCAACCCCACCACCAGCACCAGCACAAAUGGAAAAUCAAACAGCACGUAUGAAUGGUCACGUGAAGUAUGCUAAUCCGGACAGCAUUGAAGAGGACUCCAUGCAACAGCUGGAGGAAUACGAUGAUGAUGGUAAUGAUUCGGAUGCAGAAAUUUCUAAGAAAUUGGAGGAACGUGAUGAACAUGGUCAGAGUAUGUUACAUUUUGCUUGCGCCCGAUCACAUCGCAAAGGUGGUCUAAUACAUCUAAUCGAAGAGGCUAAAGCAGACAUAACAUAUCGUGAUGAAUUGUAUCGUACGGCCAGAGAUGUGGCGUUGCAGGCCAAUCAAUUGGGUAAUGCCAAGGAAAUUGAUCGUUAUGUAAUGUCAUUGGCCAUAGUGGGAGACACCAAACCCUUUGAACAUUUAGCCAUUUCCGGUUAUGAUCACAUCAUUGAUAUUUUAGAUGAUAAUGAAACACCCAUUAUAGAGGUGGUGGAAGCUAGAGGCCUAAUGGAAUUGGCCGAAUAUUUGCGCACUAUCAGACCUUUGGAGGAAUUGCGCGAAGAACUGCAUCAAAUGAUACGUGAUAAUAAUGCUGAUCGCGUUAAGGAAAUUGCUAAUGGUCCAGAUGGCAAAUGGUUAAUAAAGGCUAAAAAUUAUUAUGGUCGCACAGCUUUGCACAUAGCAAUAUUAAAAGAAUCUAUGGAAAUUGUGGAACACUUUGUUAAUCGCUGUCCAGAAGCUUUAAAAAUUGGUGAUAAUUUGGAACGCACUGCAUUGCACUAUGCCAUGGGUACAAAUAUAAUUGAAAGUAUAAGUCGUAUUUUAAUACAAAAUGGUGCCAAGCGUACGUAUAAAGAUUUGAAAGGUCGUCAGCCCAGUUAUUAUUUUAUGAAUAAAGCGGAUAUUUUACGUUUGCAAGAGGAAGAAGAUGAAAAUCGUUAAAACUAAAACAAGCUGUUUAAUUUAAACAUUUGUUACCUAAUUUUAGCCUAAAGAAAAUUCUAAAUUUAUACCUAAUUGUUAAAAUGCAACAA